CCAAAUGUCAUCUGUCUUCUGAGAUGACUUCUAGAAUGUGGCCAUGUCUCAGAUCUUUCAAAUCACUGAAGCAUCUUACCAUCUCAGACUCAUCUCUCCGCUUCCCUCCAUGUCCUCCUGAGCUACCAUUGGUCACAAAACUAUCAGUCAAUGGAAUGACGUCGCAAAGCUAUAAUGGUCUAAUCUCAUCGCUUCCUGGUUUGGAAGAUAUUGAUAUCACGAUGGGUGAUGCAGAGGGAGACAUUGCUCGUUACACCGCUGUUCUUCGUAGGACAGCAGGGCAGAAACUUAGAAGCAUCUAUCUCCAUUGUCCAUCAUCACUUUUACCAGAGAGGAGCCGUGUUUCGAGAGAGACAAUGAGAGGACUGGGUCUGGUCAUCAAAGAACAUACACAGAACCUGCAGAAGCUCUAUCUGCAAAGGGUGAAGUGUACAGACGAAGAUGACUUAGUUUACCUAAUGGAGUGCUGCAGACGUGUAAAGACGAUGGAAAACGUUUGGUUCGUUUACUGUGGGACGAUGAAGAAUGGCAGGCUGGAAUCUCACCUCAAGCAACUUCACUAUGGAUCUUCCGACAGUCUCUAUGUGCAUGUUUGCCAUGACGAUAUUAGCUGUGUUCGCUAUUUCAUCCCCCACACUGUCGAUUGA